AUGGCCAAUGAUCAACUUGUUGGAGAGGAGGAAAUCUAUAAAGAAACAUUUACCAGAAAAGACAGUGUUGCAAUUUUAAAUACUGACAGAGAACAAGCUAAUGACUCAAAUGCAUUUAAGGAAGAUUUCCAUUAUGGAGGACCAGCUCAUGGAUUGUUCACAUCAAAAACAUUUGAUCUACCAAAUGAUUUCUAUGGCUCAAUCGAGUUUAAAUCGGAAACGGGAUUCAUAUCAUCUGGAGUUAAUAUGCGUUAUUUUCAGAAUGAAAUGUUAAAGAUUGGUUUUGUUGAAAUUUAUGUUGAAAAUAAGGUAUGUGAAGAAGUCCCUGAUGUACCAUUGGCUUGGAACUGGAGAGCAUUACAUUUACCAAAGUCUCCUCGUUAA